AUGAGUGCCUCGGGCACGAUCGACCCGCGGGGCGCCUGGCUGGUGGGUUCGGACGAAGGCCUCCAGCAGAAGCUGGCGGAGGCGAUCCUCCGAGAGAAGAAGGACUUCAAGAUCAGUAUUCACCUUGCUACAUCCCUCCCCUUACCUUCAGAGAGGGAUCACCUUCGGCCCAGGAUAGAUCUGAUUGCCUUUAUGAUUGACAUCAAGAGCAAAUACAGCUUGAAGAAUGUCGAAGCUUCCCUAGCUCACGUGGAUGCCAGCUUCUUCCUGGGGAAAGUGUGCUUUCUUGUCACUGGGGUUGGCAGGGUGAAUUAUUGCAGCGUAGAGAUGAACGCCAUCUGGAAACUGGGAGAAGUCUACUGCAGUCCUGUGCUAUUCUGUGAGCUGGAGUUGGAAGGGAUACGAGUUGCCACUGCUCAGCGACUUCUCCGGAUGUUACAGAUCUGUGCUGGUCACAUACCAGGAGUUUCUGCCUUGUCCUUUGGCUCACUGAUGAGGAACUCUGCUGACGACUAGCCUCUCAUUGUGAGAAUUCAGGCACAUUCAUCAAGUUUUUUUCACUUCAGGCGUUCAAGCUGCUGCAGUUGGAAUCAUGUUGGGAAGCUUUUUUGCCUGACUUGUCACGACCACUCAUCCAGAGCUGUUCCUAGUUGCUAAUCUCUCACGAAAAGCUUGAUUCCUGUUCAGUGGAUAACAUAUAGGUGCUGGGGGGAGGGCAGUUUGAAUUGGGGAUUCCUAUCCAUUAUUACAUCUGAAUCCCACUUCAUGAUCAAGUUUGAGUUUCACCCACUUUGCCAGUGGCCAGGAGCUACGUGUUUUACUGAGAGACUACUGGAAGAACAGGCCACUAUCCCAAAUGCCGCAUGUUAUGGUUGAGUAUCUGUUUCAGUGUCCCCAAAGUACUAGAGAAGAGGCAGCAGGCUCCUGCUUCCUUUCAGUUGAAAUAUAGCACCUUGGACUAAUGUGCAACGUCGCUGCCAGGUUUUGUUUUCCCCCCAAGAGAAUAACGGGGAAGGAAGGCUGUCCUGCAGCUUCUAGAUAGUCUGCAAUUGGCAGUUAAUGAUCCAUCUGUGUGAGCGUCUGCCCAGCGAAGGGCUGAGUAUUUCCGUGCCUGAUACCUAACUGCGGAGGAAGGGUCUAAAGAAGAUAAUCUAGCACUUUAGCUUUCUUUUAGAUCUUUAAAGAGCAAGGCUCCAUCUAUCAAGCCCAGGAUAACCCUAGCAACCCAGACUCUGGGGCUGGCCAGAGAUGAAAUACAGCAGACGGGACUACAGCAACAUACAGAAAACAUGUUAUCUCUUGCAAGUUGGGCAUAUGCUGUGUAUAAUCCCUUAACUAGCAGGUUCUUAUCAGCAGUAAUUCAUGCCUUAUUCUUACUGCAAGUCAGUAGUGUGUUUUGGAGUUCUAAGUUAAUAAAAUGUAUA